ACGACGACGAAGAAGAAGAAGAAGAAGAAGAAGAAAAAAAACAACAAGGAAGCGACCAACAGCAGUAGAAUGGUUGUCCACGGGGAGAAGUAAUAGUUAGCUGUCGGUUGAUUAUCUUCCUGGUAGUUUGUAAGCUCAUGAGCUCCGCUGCAGAAAUGGAGGCUGCGGGAAGGGAGGAGAGGCCAGAUGUGCAGGGGGCAGCGGCGGCAGCAGCCGCAGAACCAGGCGUUUCUGGACACCGACAGACUUCCACAAAGCCGGUUUGGUCUUUGCUAGAGGAAGCAGCACAAAUGAAAACGGAAGGAAAUGCUUUCUACAGGGAGAAGAACAUUCGCUCAGCCAUUGGCCGUUAUCACCGUGCUCUGCUGAUCCUCCGAGGCCUCGACGCUGAUGUGAUGACUUCAAUCAAAGGGUUUGGACCUGAGAGACCUGCUCUCACACCUGAACAGGAGGCUUCACUGAGAAACACACAAGUGGACUGCUAUAACAACUUGGCUGCCUGUUUGCUGCAGAGACAGAGUGUUGACUAUGCUCGUGUGCGGGAGUACAGCCUGCGGGUGCUGAAGUGGCGACCAGGCGAUGUCAAGGCACUGUACAGGGCAGGAGUAGCUGCUCUGGAGAUGGGAGAUGCACAGACUUCCAAACAGUACCUCAUCCAGGCCUGCAGAGAGCAGCCUAAUGAUGCAAAUGUGAGGAAGCACCUGCAAAGGGCUGAGGAAAAACUGAAUCGGGAGUUGCAAAAAGAGAAGGCCAUGUAUCGAGGCAUGUUUUCCUCCGGCCUGAAGAGCAGCUCCGGAGAAGGGAUUAACCAAAUCAACAGAGCUGGUGAGGGAGUUUAGCAUGCCAGCUCACCCUGCCAAAUAAACCUGAGAGAGACUGUGUUAAGCUGAUCACAACCAACUGAAGAAUUAUCACACGUCCUGAAUCCCUAAGGUUACUGUGUCUCCUUUAGACAUUUAUGAGGUGAGCUGAGAAAAGUAACGAUUGUACAAUAUACAAAAUACUAGAACGCAGUGAGUAGGAAAGUAAAGGUGUCGUUGCUGAAAAUAGAACGAGCACAGGAAUGUUAGUUUCCUAGCAACAUGGAAACAGAGCUGCUUUUUAGCCCAAAAGAGCAAGAGUUUGGAUAUUUCACAAAACUGUGAGACCCUUCAUGCACUACUCAAAGUUCUGAUAAUGCCUGCAUGAUUGCAGUUGUCUGGUCAGUGAUGUGGAUGUUGAUUUUGUGAGUUUUCAAGUAAAAUAUUUUUUUAAAUGUC